AUGAAAAUUAACUUUAAACACUAUCUACUGUAUAUGUUCACGUCUGUUUUAAUUAUUAGCAUGAUUUAUAAUUUAAUUUGUAUUUUUUUCGCCUUGGAAUACAUCGUUGGGAAUAUUAGACUUUUUGAGGAAGAAUAUCUGAACAUCACAUCUCCUUAUGUUAUUUUGAAAUCUGUGCAAAGUUUGCCCUCAUUAAUGUUACUUGUUAUUGAUAUACUUCCAUAUUUUAUAAUUUUUAUUUGUGGGUUCAAAAUGGUUCAUUAUGUUAAUUUACAUACUGGAUACGAUCAAAAUAUGAAGAGAUUACUUAAACAAUUGGCAAAGACUUUGAUAAUUUUGGUAAAUGAAAGUUUAUGGACUAUCGCAUUAUACCUACAAAUAUGA